UCAUGACAACCUGCUCACUUGGUAAAUCACCUGUAAGCUUCAAAGAGUGACUGUUUACUUGUCCUGCAACUCUCCAUCAAUAAACAAAACUUGGUCAACGAAUUACACAGAAAUUCUUAAAAAUCAAUGUAACUCAUUACUACGGCUGCCAACAGGAAAUCACAGUGAAAUAAGGAACUACAAACUAAUCAGGAGAUACAUUUGGUGUCAUGGACGUUUAGAAUGAAACAGCUCUUAACAAGUUCUCUUCAUCCAUUGUUCAAGAUCAUAAAUAAAAAAUGACUGUUACCCUUGGUCCUUCCAACAUGAACAGCUCCCAAUUCAACUUCAACCUGAGUACGUCCUCACCAGGGAAGUGUGUACGGAAUACCCGGGUCACCCAGGUGGUGUUUCCUGUUCUGUACACGCUGCUCUUCAUCGUCAGUAUCAUCCUAAACGGCCAGGCAAUCAGAAUAUUCUCACAGAUCCCGAGUAACUCUCCCUUCAACGUUUUCCUGAAGAACAUCAUGGCUGCCGACUUGCUCAUGACUCUGACGUUCCCCUUGAAGAUCCUCAGCGACACCAGGCUGGCUCCGUGGCGGGUCCGUUGGUUCGUGUGUUGCUUUUCGGCCGUGAUGUUCUACUUCACCAUGUAUGUCAGCAUCAUUUUCCUGGGCCUCAUCAGCUUUGACCGCUUCUACAAGAUCACCAGACCCUUUGGGAAAUCGUGCAUUAGUAAGACUCGGUCCAGCAAGUUGCUAUCUGUCGUCGUGUGGGCCACCAUGUUUCUUCUAUCCGUUCCCAACACAAUCUUGUCAAAUAAAGAGCCCACGCCGGAUCUGGUGAAGAAGUGUGCCAAUCUGAAGGGUCCUGCUGGAUUAAGGUGGCAUGCCAUUGUAAACUACAUCAAUCAGAUCAUCUUCUGGGCGGUGUGCAUCAUUCUGGUAGGGCUGUACACCGUAAUAUCCAGGAAGGUCUACGAGUCUUACGUAAAGUCCAAAAGUAAAGAUGGCAAAGCCCAGAGAAAGACCAAAGGCAAAGUGUUCCUCAUCGUGCUGGUCUUUUUCAGCUGCUUUGCGUUCUACCAUUUUGUCAGGCUGCCUUACACGCUCAGCCAGAUGGGAAAAGUGAGGGACUGCUGGGCGCAAAACGCCUUGUACUAUAUGAAAGAGACAGGACUCUGGCUGUGUGCCUCAAACACCUGCCUGGACCCUUUAAUUUACAUUUUCUUGUGCAAGCCAUUCCGAUCCAGGAUAUUCAAGAAAGGGAUAAACAGAACGACCACGAAAAUGAUCUAUAGAAUGACACAGAACACCAUAAAUGAAGACCAAAGAAGUGGAGCUCCAUAAGACAAGUCAUUUUCAACCUAGUGCUCUUGCAGAUAGACACAAAAUGCUGGAGUAACUCAGCAGUACAGGCAGCAUCUGAGAGAAGG